AUCUGACUGACCCGGAAACAGUCCCUGGCAUUCACUGACGUCAGAGGUGCUCCAAGAUGGCGGAGGAGGAGGAGGUAGACGUUUUGCUCCAGAGAGUUGUUAAAGAUAUUAAUAACGCCUUCAAGAGAAACCCAAAUAUUGAUGAGGUGGGCCUGAUCGCUUGUCCCGAGGCACGCUACAACCGCAGCCCCGUGGUGCUGGUGGACAACAAGCUGGGCCUGGAGAGCUGGUGCGUCAAGCUUCUGCUGCCCUACGUCCACAACAGGCUGCUGCGCUACCGCCAGCACAAGCUUUGGCUGGACAGAGAAGCUCUGCUGGACAUCACCUGCACUCUGCUGCUGCUCAAUCCAGACUUCACCACAGCCUGGAACGUGAGGAAGGAGCUGCUGCAGAGUGGGGCCCUGAGGCCAGAGAGGGACCUGUACCUGGGCCAGCUGGCCCUCACCAAGUUCCCCAAGAGCCCAGAGACCUGGAUACACCGGCGCUGGGUGCUGCAGCAGGUGCUGAGGGAGGCCUGUGUGGGGGACAGGAAGCUCCCAGUAGGCCCCGCCCCUGGCCUCCAGAGGACAUUGAACGCUGAGAUGAAGGUGUGCUCCGACGCCGCCGGACGUUACCCUAGCAACUACAACGCCUGGUCCCACCGGAUCUGGGUCCUGGAGAACAUGGCCAAGGGCAACCUGAAGGUCCUGCAUGAUGAGCUGUACUCCAUGCGCGUGUGGGUCUCCAUGCACGUGUCGGACCACAGUGGCUUCCACUACCGCCAAUUCCUGCUCAAAGCCCUGGUGCAGGAGCUCAGCCAAUCCCCAGGCUCGCCUCCGCCUAGCCCUGAUCACCAGGCCAACGGGGAGGGCGGGGCCACACCCCUGGAGGGGCUGUCCUGGGUGGCCGGAGCGCCUCAGCUGUUCCAGCAGGAGAUGGAGCUCUGCAGCGACCUGAUCCAGGCCUACCCUGGACACGAGACUCUCUGGAGCCACAGGCGGCACGUGUUCUACCUGUGGCACCACUGGAGGAGGGAGCACCCCGGCCAGGACUCCCCCCAUCCCAACACCCCCACCAGGGGCUCCAGCCCCCCGCUAAGCCCUGCCAGCCAGAGCGGACUGGCCCUGGAGGAGGACGGGGACCUCCUGGACACCAAGCGGCUGAGGAGGGGGCCCCCGCUGCCCUCGGAGCUGGGCUUUGUAGCUGGUGUCCUGGAUGGCUGCAGCACAGAGCAGGGGCGCUUUGCACGUGCAUAUAGGAAGUGGCUGGACUCUGUGAUUGGCCAGUAGCGUACAGGAAGUGUCUGGACUCUGUGAUUGGCCUGUAGCAUACAAGAAAUGUCUGGACCAGUAGCGUACAGAAAGUGCAGGCUAGUUGGCGCUCGGAGCAGAACCUUGACUCUUUACUACAUCAAACUGAGCGUAGGUCCUCGUUCAGGGGGUUUCUGGCUGCAGAGAUGAGUCUUCAUGUUGAUCCAGUCUGCUGAUCAUGUACAUGAGGAGUCAUGUGAUCCCGCUGUAUCCAGGGGGAUUCUGGCUGCAGGGGCGCCCAGGAUGCUGCCGCUCACUAUUAGGUCAAGGUGGUCGGGGAUCCACCCACUCCUCCCUCUUGGCUUCCUGGAACAAUGACUUGUCAACAGAUUUUGGUCUGAGCCAAAUCCCCCUUCAGAAUGGAAAUCCACUUCUGGCUCACAGAGAGUGUGACGUGUGUGAGUGUGUCUUAGUUCAGGUACUACAAUACCUCAGGUCAGCACUCUCAACGUUUGGGACCUCUCUACCAAUUAUCUCAACUUAACGUUUAAACUUGGUUACUUGUAUGUGUUCAACAUUACCUGUUUGUUCCAUUGUCUUCCAUGGAAUAUCUUGUAGCAAGAUAGCUAAACGAAGCUGCUCGAUAUUGCAUGUUCUCACAACAAAUCCUGUUACAGUCUCUCGGAAGCAUACUUUCUGCUGAAAAAUUAUUUAAAAUACAUUAUUGGAAGAAAAGCAGAAUAUCCUUGCUCAAACAAAAUAAAGAAUAUAAAACCAAGUUAUAUUGAUCAUAUGCCGACGAGUCGGCAGAGAUUGGACUGUGAAGCAGAAAGCUUUCUCUCAGAGCCCACAGCAAGAGAGGAUCUGCUUCAUUCUGUCCGGAUCUUCACUGUCGUCUGCUCCCUAACCAGACUGCAGGUGCUCACUUGUAACCGUUUCCUGAAAGCACAUUUUUUCUACAUCAAAUUCAACCAUUCCUAACUUUAAGCAACAAGAAAAAGUAUUGAAGCACAACCCAUGCUUUCUCCAGCAGACUCCAGAGUGUGUUUCCAUUCUGAAGGGAGACUCCACCAGAGCCAGACUUGCAGGCUUCUGCCUGGAGCAGCUGUCUCCACCUGGCUGUUAGCCCUUUAGCUCUACACCUGGUGGCUACCGUUGUUAGUCUUGAUGCUAACAUAAUCUAUGGUUAGUGGCAUAACUUCUGUAGCUAAGGAAAGCUAGUCCUAGCCAGCUUUCUCACAUGCGGUGAUAAGUAAACUUUAUUAUAAGGUCAACUUUAUUGUGUAUAUCAGAACCGCAAAAGUAUAGUUUUUGAGCCAUCAAAGCUAACACUGUUAGCUUAAUGCUACAUUGGUGCUACAUGCAACUAACGUAUGCGUAGCCUUCUGUGUGGCCUAGUAACACAAGUAGUCAUGUCUGGUAUAUAUACCCAUGAGCAAACCUCAAUGCUACAACAAUAUUAUAUAACAUACUUAUUUUUAUGGCUGCCUAUAUUUCAACACUGUUCAAAAUAGACUUUGGAAGAAUCAAGGAAAAUACAUCUUUUUCUCACGUCUGUCUUUAGGAAUAUCUAGCGCUCUCACUGUAAAGGGUUCACACAUAGUCCCACCUGUCUAAAGGCAGUUGGCGUAAUAUCGAAGCAAAUCACCACAUCCAUGCUGUGAUGUUUGUGUCCUCCUGGUACACACAACUAAGGGAUUCUUUUAUUUUGGUUUUGUUCAUGGAUCCGCCUAUAAUACUUGAGAUAAUCAAACUAAGCUACGGCUCCUGUAAUACGGUCGCACAUUCAAUAAUAGGUGAUACUUUGUAUGACUUCAUGAACUUGAUAAUACAACAAGACUCACAUUUUUGGUAAGCCUUUGUUGCUUUGCCUCAUGAACGAUUAAACUUCUUAUUAGUCUAUAUUCACCAACUCUUGUAUGGAAACAUAUCUAUCCUGAUACAUAUUAGCAUGGUAAUUAUUUAGAUUUCUGAAAAAACGCGUCCUUUAGACUUUCUCAUGGGGAGAAAUGAGUGCACUUUGUUCACCCUUAGUUAGGGUUAGCCUGUAUCCUGCACAACAGAUUAAGCUCUUAGCCUGUCAAGUCUACCUCUGGUAUGGUGAUUUUAAUAACUCCUCCAGCGCUCUGUAAGGGAGGCAGCGCUGUACACCAGCCUGUAUGUCAGGUGGGUCUCUGGGGGGACUAGUCCAGUAGGGAGGCAUAGUGGGAGAGGAGAGGGUGGAGGAGAAAGGGAAGAGGGAGAAGAGAUUGUUGGAUACAGCAGGAGAAAGGGUACAGAUGACAGUGCAAACUAUCAACAGUUUUAUUUCCAUCAUGGCAUAAUGUCUUAUUUUAAAUGGCUGUUUUAGACCGAACACAAACAUCCAACUGAACUGUGUUAGUGUCAUGUCUGGAAGGUAGAAGUUACACACUGUAAACAUUGUCCAUAGAGCCAUCAUAUACCAAGAUCAGGCCUAGUUGACAUCUAGGUACACAUGCUUACAGUGAGUCCCAUAGCCUCACAGGGCAGCAGUGUAGCCUCACAGGGCAGCGGUGUAGCCUCACAGGGCAGCGGUGUAGCCUCACAGGGCAGCGGUGUAGCCUCACAGGGCAGCGGUGUAGCCUCACAGGG